AUGUCUAAUAUUACAUCCCCUAAACUAGUUGGACCUGUAGUGGUUGUAGUUGGCUCUUCAGUUGUGGUAGUAGUAGGUUCAGUUGGUGGGAUUGUAGAUUUUGUGGUUGUGGUUGGCUCUUCAGUUGUGGUAGUAGUAGGUUCAGUUGGUGGUGUUGUAGAUUGUGUGGUUGUGAUUGGCUCUUCAGUUGUGGUAGUAGUAGGUUCAGUUGGUGGGAUUGUAGAUGUGGUUGUGGUUGGCUCUUUGGUUGUUGUGGUAGUUGUAGGUUCAGUUGGUGGGGUUGUAGAUUUUGUGGUUGUGGUUGGCUCUUUGGUUGUGGUAGUAGUAGGUUCAGUUGGUGGGAUUGUAGAUUUUGUGGUUGUGGUUGGCUCUUUGGUUGUUGUGGUAGUUGUAGGUUCAGUUGGUGGUGUUGUAGAUUGUGUGGUUGUGGUUGGCUCUUCAGUUGUGGUAGUAGUAGGUUCAGUUGGUGGGAUUGUAGAUGUGGUUGUGGUUGGCUCUUUGGUUGUUGUGGUAGUUGUUGGUUCAGUUGGUGGGGUUGUAGAUUUUGUGGUUGUGGUUGGCUCUUUGGUUGUGGUAGUAGUAGGUUCAGUUGGUGGGGUUGUAGAUUUUGUGGUUGUGGUUGGCUCUUUGGUUGUUGUGGUAGUUGUAGGUUCAGUUGGUGGUGUUGUAGAUUGUGUGGUUGUGAUUGGCUCUUCAGUUGUGGUAGUAGUAGGUUCAGUUGGUGGGAUUGUAGAUGUGGUUGUGGUUGGCUCUUUGGUUGUGGUAGUAGUAGGUUCAGUUGGUGGUGUUGUAGAUUGUGUGGUUGUGGUUGGCUCUUCAGUUGUGGUAGUAGUAGGUUCAGUUGGUGGUGUUGUAGAUUUUGUGGUUGUGGUUGGCUCUUCGGUUGUGGUAAUAGGUUCAGUUGGUGGUUUUGUAGAUUGUGUGGUUGUGGUUGGCUCUUCAGUUGUUGUAGUAGUGGGUUCAGUUGGUGGUGUUGUAGAUUGUGUGGUUGUGAUUGGCUCUUCAGUUGUGGUAGUAGUAGGUUCAGUUGGUGGGAUUGUAGAUGUGGUUGUGGUUGGCUCUUUGGUUGUUGUGGUAGUUGUAGGUUCAGUUGGUGGGGUUGUAGAUUGUGUGGUUGUGGUUGGCUCUUUGGUUGUGGUACUAGUAGGUUCAGUUGGUGGGAUUGUAGAUUUUGUGGUUGUGGUUGGCUCUUUGGUUGUUGUGGUAGUUGUAGGUUCAGUUGGUGGUGUUGUAGAUUGUGUGGUUGUGGUUGGCUCUUCAGUUGUGGUAGUAGUAGGUUCAGUUGGUGGGAUUGUAGAUGUGGUUGUGGUUGGCUCUUUGGUUGUUGUGGUAGUUGUAGGUUCAGUUGGUGGGGUUGUAGAUUUUGUGGUUGUGGUUGGCUCUUUGGUUGUGGUAGUAGUAGGUUCAGUUGGUGGGGUUGUAGAUUUUGUGGUUGUGGUUGGCUCUUUGGUUGUUGUGGUAGUUGUAGGUUCAGUUGGUGGUGUUGUAGAUUGUGUGGUUGUGAUUGGCUCUUCAGUUGUGGUAGUAGUAGGUUCAGUUGGUGGGAUUGUAGAUGUGGUUGUGGUUGGCUCUUUGGUUGUGGUAGUAGUAGGUUCAGUUGGUGGUGUUGUAGAUUGUGUGGUUGUGGUUGGCUCUUCAGUUGUGGUAGUAGUAGGUUCAGUUGGUGGUGUUGUAGAUUUUGUGGUUGUGGUUGGCUCUUCGGUUGUGGUAAUAGGUUCAGUUGGUGGUGUUGUAGAUUGUGUGGUUGUGGUUGGCUCUUCAGUUGUUGUGGUAGUAGUGGGUUCAGUUGGUGGUGUUGUAGAUUGUGUGGUUGUGGUUGGCUCUUCAGUUGUGGUAGUAGUAGGUUCAGUUGGUGGUGUUGUAGUUUUUGUGGUUGUGGUUGGCUCUUCGGUUGUGGUAGUAGGUUCAGUCGGUGGUGUUGUAGAUUGUGUGGUUGUGGUUGGCUCUUCAGUUGUUGUUGUAGUAGUGGGUUCAGUUGGUGGUGUUGUAGAUUGUGUGGUUGUGGUUGGCUCUUCAGUUGUGGUAGUAGUGGGUUCAGUUGGUGGUGUUGUAGAUUGUGUGGUUGUGGUUGGCUCUUCAGUUGUGGUAGUAGUAGGUUCAGUUGGUGGUGUUGUAGAUUUUGUGGUUGUGGUUGGCUCUUCGGUUGUGGUAGUAGUAGGUUCAGUUGGUGGUGUUGUAGAUUGUGUGGUUGUGGUUGGCUCUUCAGUUGUUGUUGUAGUAGUGGGUUCAGUUGGUGGUGUUGUUCUUUUUUGUCCUUCUCUCUUGAAAGCGCACACGCAGCUUCGAAAUAUCAUUAUUAAAGUUAGGAAGUUGUUUAAGAAGAAGUAG